AGUACGCUGUCAGCGAGCAAACAGUUGACGUCAGAGUAAAGUUGCGAGAAAGUUGCAACCAUCAGUGACUUUAAUUCUAUACUCAAAAUCAACAACGAUCGAAUCGUAAUCUACUUGGAGUGUGUCGCAAAUCACUGUUAGCGAGAGAAAUCCUGCGAAAUGGCCCUGCAACCAUUCAUAUUCUGCGACUUGGAGGACUCCGAGGAGUGCCGCUUCUUCCUGGACCCGAACUACGGCCUGGUACGUCGAUUGAAGCGACUGCCGUCGCCAGCUGAGGCUGUCAACGACUACCUGAUGUCGUGGCGAAAUCACGACCAGCUCAAGAACAUGCUGAAUCUGGCCACCCGGCAUUAUGAGAGUCCACGCACAUCUCCCACCGGCAAAGAUAACUUCCAAGUGGUGCUGGACGUGCAACAUUUCAAGCCGGAAGAGAUCGAGGUGAAGAUCGUGGACAAUCACCUCGUCAUCACGGCCAAACACGAGGACACGGAGGACGAUCACGGCUGGGUGUCCCGCCAAUUCGUCCGCAAGUAUCAGCUGCCGAAAGACAUUAACGUCGAACAUCUGACAUCCAAGUUGUCGUCCGAUGGUCUUCUGACUAUCGUUGCACCCAAGCUGCAGCCGCUGAAGGACGAAACGGAAAGAAAGCUCCAGAUCGAGUACACUGGAAAGCCCUUCUUGAACAAGAAGCAGGAAAAACCGCAGGCGCACCAGCAAAGUGAGGAGGAGAAGAAUGAAAAACCAACUCUUUAAAUUAACUGUGUAAAAAUUGUUCACUAAAUCAGUAUUGAUUCCGAUUAUAAGCCUGUAUUAUUAUAUACAUUUUCUGUGUUAGACAUAUAUAAACUUAAUUUAUCUAUCUUGUAAUCUAAUCUCUACAAUAUGAUUAGUAAAAUUAUUUUUUAUAAAAGCAUUUCUAAAUCUACUGUUAUGUAUUUAUUGAAAAAUUGUUUAUUUAAUAAUUCUAAUAGACUAGUUAAUUGGACCAAUAAUAGAUAUUUACUACUCUUAAAUUAACUACUACAUAAAUUAACAAACAUGACCAGUUUCAGUAAUUGCUCAAUUUUUUGUUAUUUUUAAUUUAUUAUGAAUUUAUAUCGAACAUUUAUCAUAAGUUAGAAUAGAUAAACUAUAUAAGAUUUAUUUAUUAUAUUAUACUCGAAUAAAGCUAGGUAAUAAAGAUA